UAUUUUAUGAUCUGAUAUUUUAUAGUUGUCAUCCCUCUAAGCCUUACCCGUAUCUGCAUUUUACUGUUGGGAAAACGAAGACAUUAAAAAAUAAAAAAAAGUCAUAAUAUACUGGUCAAGUUAAAGAGUGUUCAGGAUGGCUUGGCGUUUUAAAGUAUCAAAGUAUAAAAAUGCAGCACCCAGAUAUCCUAAACGUGAGGAGUGGAUAAAUGAGGUUCCAGUGGGGAUGUUGAUGCACUCCUGUGGUAACCAUAUUGCUGCUAGUUGUCAGUACAUAGCCUUCAAUGUGGACACUGGAGGUGGAGGCAAUGUUGGUAUUCUGCCACUGGAGACUACAGGCAGGGUGGGACAGUCACUACCUACACUGAGAGGACAUGGAGAUUUUGUAACAGACAUGAAGUUCAGUCCAUUCCACGAUGAGAUACUAGCCACAUGUUCAGCUGAUGACAUUAUCAAAGUUUGGAAUUUACCAGAAACAGAAAGAUUGGCUGAGGAGAUUGCCUUGGUAUCUCACACUGCCCACUUACCUGAGCAAGAACGUCGGAUAGAGACUCUCGCCUGGAACACGGUAGCCGAUGACAUCCUGGCUGCAGCUGUCGGCCACUCUGCCAAGCUGUUUGACGUAUCAGUUGCUGAAGAGAUCUAUGACAUCAGCAGCCAUGAGGAUCAGAUACUGAGUUUAGGUUGGCAUGGUAACGGUUCAGUCAUGGUCACGACCUGUAAGGACAAGAAGAUCAGAGUCCUGGAUCCAAGAUCCAAGACUGUAGCACAGGAGUGCAUGGGGCACAACAGUAAUAAAGAUUCCCGUGCAAUAUUUCUGGGGGACAAAGAUUUUAUUGUCAGUACAGGAUUUAGUUUGGGGAGAUCUCGGGAAGUGAAACUGUUUGACAGUAGAAAUUUAGGAAAUGCAUUGACAACAGAUGACAGGGAUAACAAUAAUGGAACACUGAUGCCAUUGCUGGAUGAAGACACCAAUAUGCUGCUUUUAGUUGGAAAGGGAGAUACAACUUGGUCAUUUGUUGAAGUUUCUACGUCAGAACCAUAUUUCACUCAGCAUGCCCUCGAGAGGACAGAAAAGAAUGAACAGAUCAAGGGAGCGUGCCUCAUACCUAAACUUGGUGUUAACGUGAUGGAGGGAGAAGUUGAUAGACUAUUACUGCUGUUACAUAAUACAAUAGUGCCUCUGCCUUACAUUGUUCCAAGACGGCAAUACAAGGACUUCCAUGCAGAUCUAUUCCCAGACACCAAGUGUGAGGAACCUGCAUUGACCUCUGACCAGUGGUGCUCCGGUCAGAAUGCACAGGUUGCCAAAACAAGUUUAGACCCAAUCAAGAGAGGAACGGUGAAAAUUUUACGUAGACCAGACAAGGAACUUAGAAGUAAAUUAAAACCACAGGGAAAGUCUGGUGAUGAUUGUACUCCAAUUCAAAAAACUAAAGUUGUGGCUUCAUCACCUACCAAAACAUCCAGUGUUACAACCAGUAUUGCCAGCAAACCUACAAAGCCAGCACAUACCAGUAAGUCAGCACAUACCAGUAAGCCGGUAGACCCACCUGAACCAGUCAAACCAGCUGAGCCCAGUAAAGCUGCCAAAAGUUUUGCAGCAUUGCACCAGUCUAAGUGUAAAUACAUGAAGGGUGUAUCAGAACAUGCCAGUAAACACAUAGUAAAUAUUCGUCGCCUCUGUCGGACAUUACCUGGUCAGAGUGACCUUUUUGUUGCGAAUACUAAAAGAUGUGCCAUACCAUUGGAGGGCUCUGGAGGACUUGUUGCAAUUUUAGAGCUGGACAAACCAGGAAGGUUGCCAGACACUGGUGUGCCAGUAAUUCAGAAUGGCAGUAAGGUCAAUGACUUCGUGUUUGAUCCGUUUGAUGAUACAAGAAUUCUUGUAGGAUGUGAUAAUGCCAGAAUAUUCAUCUGGACUUUACCAGCAGACGGUCUAACAGAAACAUUGACAGAAUAUGAUUCAUACCUCAUGAGUCAUACAGAGAAGGUAUAUUUUGUACGUUUUCAUCCACUUGCGAAGGAUGUUAUUAUGACAGGCUCGUAUGAUAUGAAGAUUAAACUGUGGGACCUGUCAGAUAACACUGAAGAGAUAGAACUUACUGGACACCAAGAUGAGAUUUUCUGUGCAGAAUGGAGUCCCGAUGGUAAAUUAAUUGCUACAGUGUGUAAAGAUGGUAAAGUUAGAAUAUAUGAUCCCAGAACCUCACCUGAGCCUAUCAAGGAAGGUACUGGUCCAGAAGGCAGCAGAGGUGCAAGAGUUAUCUGGGCUGUUAACAUGAAAUAUUUAGUUGUUUCCGGAUUUGAAAAAAACAGUGCCCGUUUAAUUAGUGUAUAUGAUGCCAAUAAUCUCGGGAAGCCGAUACAUACAGAAAUACUAGACAUCAAUCCAGCCAUUCUCAUACCACACUAUGAUGAAGGAACUUCUACAGUAUUCCUUACAGGCAGGGGAGAUGGUGCCAUAUUAGGUUACGAAGUCUCAGACGAGUUUCCCCACCUAUUUGCCCUAGCUACCACAAAACCUGAAGGGGUACAUCAGGGGAUAGCCCUCAUGCCAAAAACAACAUGUGAUGUGAGGAAAGUUGAGAUUGCCCGCUUGUGGAGACUCACUCAGACCACAGUAGAACCAAUGUCUUUCACAGUACCUAGAGUUAAACCAGAGUAUUUCCAAGAUGACUUGUUCCCAGAUGUAGCCCCACCUGGUAAACCAACUAUGACCAGUCAAGAAUGGUUCCGAGGAGGAAACAAGCAACCAGCCAAAAUAUCACUGAGACCUGCAGACAUGAAACCAUUGAGUGAGGCCCCAGUUGAAGCCCCAAAGGCCAAGAAGUAUGACAGCUACAAUCCAGAGACCUACAAAACAGAUGAUAUGAAAAAGGAGGAGUUAAUAAGUGCUAUGACCAAUAAGUUAGAUACCAAAGAAGAACCGUUACCACAGGAUGAGGCAGAGGGUGUGGACUCUGAUGAAUGGGAUGAGUACUGAAUGUUGUCCGUGUACAGCCUUGGCAUGUGUUUUUAGAGACGUGGACCAAACAGUGCAAUAAAAGGGAACAACAUUGAUGCAUUUUCUCGGGUUUAAAACCCAGUCAUUUGUUAAUGAUACCAUUCCAUUUUGGGAACAAAUGAUAUUUCUUGAAGUGUAAAAAGUAUUUGCAGGAAUGUAUAUGAAAGGAAAGAGAAUAAACUUUACACGCCAUUGAAACAUAUAUGAACACAUAUAUGAACACUGUUUUAAUAUUAAGGUUACUUACUAUAUGAUAAUAGGGCAAUAUGAGAUUUACUGCUUCAGUCCAUUGAAGUAUAUGUUAUUGUCAUAGACAUUGUUACAAGAAUCAUCUUGUAUUAUACCAGAGUUAGAUGAAUUAUCCUUUUAUAGGUCUGUUCUAGUACUUGACCUUUAAGGUCAAAAAGUCAAGCUUUUAAAACAUAGUAAUACCUCAAAUGAAAUUUAAAAAAUCUUUACAAGUUUAUACCAAAGGUCACUUUAACAAAAUUAAUUUUAAAAAAUUGUUUUUAGGUAUAUGUACUUUUUUGCUAAAAUUGCUAUAGCUUCGAUCAUUUUUGUGAUUGCUUUUCAGUAACAUUGUGAAAGUUAUGCUUAUGUUAUAAAACUAAACAUACAGGUACAUGGGUUCACUUGAAUUGAGUGGAAAUUUUAUUGACAUUUUUGCUUAUUUGAACUUUAAAUUUGUAUUUUCAUAUGUGGCUUGGCCUAUAAAUUUGAUUAAAUUAUUUUUGGUCUUGAAUAGACUGUGCCUAGCAUACUGUGUCUGUGAAAGUAGACCGAGUCUAUGAAAUAACUUUAAAUAUGUAAGAAAUAAAAUAUACCAAACAGCGGUAUAAUAUUUGAAUAAAAUUGUUUGAGUUGUAUGAAUUAUCUGAAAAGUGCAUACCCAGAGUGGAGUAAUGAUUCACAUCUAAAUAGCAAACAGUCAUAUCAAUUCCAGUUCAGUAUCCACAAAAAUUUGUGUUGAUUUUCAUAAAUUGCUAGUUUAGUGGUUUAGGGUCAUUUCACAGAAGAGCCUGUUUACUAUGAAAAACAGUAAUUUAUGUAUAAACCGGGUACUAUCAGCAUGAAGUAUUAUUAUUGUUUAUUUUUAUUGAACUGUUCUGCCUUAUUUGGGUGUAUAUAAAGUUUAUUAUAUAUUUAAAUGUAUUACACAGUGUUCUAUGUUACUUGUUUGUUUAACCCUUACCAUGCUGGACACGAUUGGUUUUGCCUUUGCAAUCAGUGUAGAUCAUGAUCAGCCUGCACAUCCGUGCAGUCUGAUCAUGAUCUGCACUGUUUGCUAUUCAGCCAGUAUUUUUUUGGUAAACACCCCCUUUAACAGUUAAUGGUACUGUCCAAAUUGGAAGAUGGACAAGUUUAUUAUAGAAAUUUAGCAUGGUAAGGGUUAAGAUUAAUGGAUCUCUGUUCUUUGUUAUUCCAUUAUUUUAAUAAUUCAGUAAGUAAUAAGAAUAUUUUAAUAAUUACAUUUACACUCAUUUUACCUUUAAAGUUAUAUUUAGUUACUUUUAUGUAGAACUUGCUGAUUGUAAGUGCAUUAAAAAUUUAAUAAAAAAAAAAAAUAA